GCAUGCGGUUCUUGUGGACAACAGACAAAAAAGUGUAACACAAUCUGGUGCAGGCAGGGUGCAAGAGAAUAUCCAUCGGAACCAAACAAAAACAAUUAAUUCGUUCAACUGACGAUCGAACGGUUAAUUUUGGCAUGCAGUGUGAUCGUGUACUUUGUUCGGAAGGAAAGCGUACCAACAUUCGUGCGAAAUUUAGUUUCACCCAGAGCGAAACGAUUUUCAGUGAUUGUUUUUAGCAAAGAGAAGCAGUUUUUUUUCGUGCGAUUGCGGCUGUCGCCAAAUUAGGCAACUGCCUUGUGAUAGUGCCUGGCAAUAAAAUAAGCAUUAUCGUUUCGAUUAUUCGUGCCAUAUCUUGAUCGAGUUUCUGUAGCAACAUCUGAUUUUUGUUAUUCGCUUUUAUACGUGUGAAAAUCAAUGCAAAUUAGGUGUGCCAAUUACUACCGUACACUUUCGGCCUCUUAAGGUGACACCAGCGAUCGAAAAUUCACUUCACUCCUUUAUCGACAAGUGGAUUAAAGAUUAGCGAUAGGUGUUUGUGAUAAAUUUCUCAGCUGAUUCGAACAGUGCAAGAUUUUCAGACGUGACGUCCGGUGAACCUGUCAGUGACAUGAAGUCGUUCGGAACUGUCCAGCAAGCGUCCGUCGUUUCCGAAUGGGAAGAUAACGUCGCGUUCGAUUCGGACGAUCCAGAUUUUUCCGGUGACCACGGAUCAUCGAAUGCGGCCAGCUCACACCCAGCGACAGUUUUGAACCGUUCGACGACGUGUUUCAAUAUCGGUGUCUCGCACGUACCUGCCAAUUUACCGCGCUUCUUGAAAGUGCCGUCUACAAUGUCAGUCGCCAGCGUUCAAGCUCCUCAUCUGACCGAACUGUGCAGUUCGUUAAGCCGUACCAGCCUCAGCCUGUCCUCCUCACUAUCGGACCUGGUCGGCAGUCCAUCGCUCACCGUGGUUAGCUCGGCCGCAAUGGCAGCCGCUGCUCUGGAAGUAAGCUCCGAAGCCGUGCUCACCAUCGAGGAAUUGCGUGCUCAGCUGGGCUCAUGCUUCACGUGUGGUGUUUCCUGGACCGGCGAUCAAAUGUCCCUGGACUGUUCGGAGUGCGGUGGCUACAGCAUGGAGCGACCCUGCAUGCUUUGUGACGGCAUUUGCGGACAGGCAUGGAAGCGCGAUUUCACCAUGAGUCACGCCUGCAGUAAAGCACGCUGGCAAGGAGUUUGCGCCAAAUUCGCUGCUCCGAUUAUCCCGCUACAGUCGGCUCCACUCAGCAGCUGUGCCAGCUUUAGCAGCCACCACCAGUUGAUGCAAUCAGCCCAGCCAGUUUCGACGUGUCAUGGUACCGCCAAUCAGCAUUUUCUACAGCAGGAGCUGUGUGCGCGCUUGGAGAAACUGUCGGCCAAAGCACACAACUGAGGACUGCGCCGUACCCUACAGCGGCUUUUUGCUGUUCACACGGUAUCCGGUCUAUUUGCGUUUAGGCAGGCUAGCUAGUAAGUCGCGUAAUGCUAAGUUCGUCAGAUUUCCAAAUAGUUACAGGUACGGGACGGUCUACGGAGAACAUUCAGACCUGCCUCCCCGAUUGCUUAUGGUUAGUUGUAUAAAUACAAAACAAAAUUCGUUAUAAGUUCCUAUUCGUUGAUAAACGUAUCAAACAUUUAUUAGGCCAAACCUUAAUCGAAACAAAAAAAAACGCAGAAACUGUUCUUAACAUAUUGCAUUUGUAGACUGUAAUUGAGCUAGUGGUCGCCAGCAUUGAAGCUCUGCUCUGGAAGACGAGAUCAACGACAGGCAUACAAGAAGCGUUGAAACACAGUUAGAUACUGUGAGCAAGCGUUGUUGUCUAGUGGAGAUCUGAGGGAAAUGUUUAGAUUUCUUAUGACAUGCGAAGAUUUUGGCGCAUAGGUAUAUUUAUACAACACGUGUGAAACGAAUAUAUAUUUUUAUGAUCUUAUCAGGAAACAAAAAAAAUAAAGAAUUAGAAAUUGUGUGUUUUAAAGACAAGAUAUUAUGGAAGCUUAUAAUUAAUUGUGUAUGUUUUUCUGUGAAAAACAUUUACUUUAAAUGUUAGCCGUUAGAUGUUACUGAUCACGAAAGGAAAAUUAAAAACAAAAUUGGCAAUAGUUUUUAAGGUUUUUUUUUUGUAUUGCGUUAGAUCUUUGUGGUAUGUAGUCUUCUUUUCCUAAUUAUAUGUGAAUAUGUAUAUUUUUUCUAUAUUUAAUAAAACAUAAGAAUCUUAA